CCACUAUGUGAGUUGCAGAGUUUGGAAUAAUCAUGGGUUUCAUUUUCAUUGAUGGAUUGGUUUCUCCCAUCAUCACCCUUUUUUCCUGGUCCUCAAAGUGCCACUGCAAGUGAUUUAAAUUAAUUCUUUCUUUUUCAGACGCAGACACACAUGGUUCUGGCCACCCACAUUCAAAAUUAAACCAUACCCAAAGGUAUUUUGAUUACAUUGAAGAAUGAGUUUGAGAAUCGCAAUGGUCUUAAGGUGGUGAGAACACAACAAACACACAUUCCAUAUUGGAAGCAUUAGUUUGUGGCAGAAAGAGAGAAAAUAUGGCAUCAAGGGAAAAUGAAGAAGUGAGUCCAGUAGGGAAGUUGUUUCUUGAAGCAUCUAUGAACUGUUACGUGAUUGCCAGCAUGGGGUCGAAGACAAGGAUCAAUCCUGAGGUUAUUAGAGAAGGUUUAUGCCAAACACUGCUCAAGCAUCCAAGAUUCACCAGCAAGCUGGUUAAGGAGGGAAGGACAAGAAAAUGGAUCCCAACAACAGUUAAUUUAGACAACCACAUCAUAGUUCCCGAAAUAGAUUCUAACAUAGAACACCCAGAUAGAUUCGUUGAAGAUUACAUCUCCCAUUUCACCAAAACCCCAUUGGACCUCUCGAAGCCCCUGUGGGAACUCCACCUCCUCAACAUAAAAACCUCAGAUGCAGAAGCUGUUGCUAUAUUUCGGAUCCAUCAUUCGGUGGGUGAUGGUGCCUCUCUCAUAUCACUCCUCCUUGCCGCCACUCGCAAAACCUCUGACCCUCAUGCACUGCCAACGGUGCCUACAAAAAACAGAAACUCCGAGCGCCACCGUUCAUGGCUCUUCUCUAUUUGGUGGGGACUACUUCUCAUUUGGCACACUCUCGUCGAUAUGCUACUUUUUACUCUCACCAUCUUCUUCAUUAGAGACACUCCAACUCCUCUCAAAGGUGCUCCUGGAGUUGCCUUAAAUACCAAACGCUUUGUCAAUCACACCGUUAGUAUGGAUGAUAUCAAGCUAAUCAAGAAUCAAAUGCAAACGACCGUGAAUGAUGUUUUGUUGGGGGUAACACAAGCAGCUCUCACUCUCUAUUUGAAUCGAGCAUAUGAUCAGGAAGCAAAUUUCAAUGGUGCCAAAGGGAGAUCAAGUGCCCUUAAGAACAUUCGCCUUAGGGCAUCAAUUCUUGUUAACAUUAGACCUGUUGGUGGAAUACAGGAUCUAGCUGAUAUGAUGGCAGAGAAAUCAAAAGUAAGAUGGGGAAAUAUUAUGGGAUACAUAAUCCUCCCGUUCGAUAUAGCUAUUUAUGAAAAUCCAUUGGAAUACAUUCGUAAAGCGAAGGAUAGAAUCGACCGAAAGAAGCACUCAUUGGAAGCAAUUUGCUCCUACUUUUGUGCAAAGGCAGUGCUCAAUUUAUUAGGUGUCAAGGUUGCUGCUGCGAUAACAGAAAGAGUUCUCUUUAACACAAGCAUAGCCUUCUCUAAUGUGGCUGGACCUGUGGAAGAAAUUAGCUUCUUGGGUCAUCCGGUGGCAUACAUUGCUCCUAGUGUUUAUGGACACCCUCAAGCACUUACAAUCCAUUUCCAAAGUUAUGCUAACAAGAUGACCAUUUCUCUAGCAGUGGACCCACUUGUUAUUCCCGAUCCUUACCUUCUUUGUGAUGAUUUUGAACAAUCGCUCAAACUCAUCCGUGAUGCUGUUCAGAGAAACAACGUUGUCCAUCUAGUUUAAUAGUUUAAAAUCAAAUUAUGAGAUUUAAACAAUUUUCACAGUUAUUUAUUAUCUCCCAGUUCAAUUUAUAUGAAUAACUUGGGAACUUAUAUUUCUUAAGGAUAAAAGAGAAUAAAAUGAUUCUCAGUGGCUUUUUCUCAUUA